AGUGAAAAAUUUCAAAGUGCGAAUUUUCAUGAUUUUAGUGCAAAGUUAAAAUAUCGCUGUAGUUGUUUAAGUUCAAGACUGAGUUUGUAACUUUAGGACAAACUAAUUACGAAAAUGUAUUUUAAAUUUUUGAAGAAAUGUUUUUAAGAUAGAUAUAUACAAUGAAAUAGCUACAAUGAAAUAGCGUCAGCUACAAUCCAGAAAUGAAUGGGAGGUCCGAACGUGAAAUAAGAACUUUAAAAGACUGUGCUCGAACUAUUCUGCUGGCAGCUAAAUUACCCGAAUCUUUAUGGGCUGAAGCCGUUGCCACCACCGUCUACGUCCACAACCGAAUACUGGACAAGCAAAGUCCAAAUAUAACCGCAUUUGAAGCAAUAUUUGGCAAGAAACCUUCACUCCGUCAUUUGAGAGUCUUUGGUAGCGUAGCAUUUGCACAUAUACCAGCCCAGAAAAGGACGGUCUGGGGAGCAAAGGGAGAGCGACUUAUCCUGUGUGGGUACGCAUCAGAGAGCAAGAAAUAUCGUCUUUACGACCCUGAGUCCGGACAAGUGGUUGAGGCAAGAAAUGUAUCUUUCCACGAAGAAGCUUUUGAACCGACAGUAAUGAUACAUGGCGAAGAAGAAAGAGAUGAACCUGAUGAAUCCAAAUCUGAAAAAGAUGAUGCAAAAGAUGAUGCACAAGAUGAUGCAAAAGAUGAUGCAGAAUGGACGGACGAGGAGAAAUACGAUCCCGAGGACCCACAGCCUGAUCAAGUUGACCCAGAGCCAGUACAACCUGACAACGAGAAAAUGGGUGACGAAUUAGAAGUCCAAGUUAAAACUGAAAAAAGAGACUACACGGCUCGCAUUCCAUCGCAAGGGACGACACGUGUUGUCUUGCCUGAAACAAGUAAAAAAUCAGGAACCACUCGCAAUUUAAGAGACAGAGCUAAAAUUAAGAAACCAGAUAGAUAUCAAGCUCAUGCCAUUUAUGCAGACAAAGAACCUUCAACUUAUAAAGAAGCCGUUGAGUCUAAAGAGAAGGAAGAAUGGAUAAAGGCAAUGCAAGAUGAGAUUGAAAGUCAUAAGAAAAAUGGGACUUGGAAAUACGUGAAGAGGCCAGCCAAUGCAAGAUUGCUUGACAGUAAAUGGGUAUACAAGCUUAAACGUAAAAUGGAUAGAAAAUCUACAACAGGUUUUGUCUUCAUGCUAAAUGACAGCGUUAUUUCAUGGUCAAGCCAAAAGCAACCCAUUGUCUCAAUGUCAUCAAUGGAAAGUGAAUAUAUAUCUCUCGCUUCUGGAGCGCGUGAAGCCGUUUGGUUACGACGAUUUCUAGAAGAAUUAGGAUUCCCACAAGAGUCCCCAACAAUAAUUCAUGUUGACAACCAGAGUGCAAUAAAAUUGGUCAAAAAUCCAGAGAUGCACUCAAGAUCCAAGCACAUCGAUGUCCGGUACCACUACACAAGAGAGCUAGUUAGUACAGGACAGUUGGCAAUUGAAUAUGUACAUACCAGUGAACAAAUUGCAGAUGGAUUAACUAAGCCACUACUGAAGACCCAGCAUUUCAAGAUGAGACACGAUCUCAGUAUGGAAAGAAAUGAGACAAAGGAGAGCAAGGACAACCCAACUAAAGUAAAGAGAGGUCCCCUCCAAGCCAACUUCUCACUGAUGAGCCUUCUCACCAUCCUUCUUAUGUUUAUUACGCAAGUUUGUGGGGUGACACAUCAGAAUGCGAUCCCUUUACUAUGGAAAAAGAGUCCAAUCCCAGUUACAACGGGAUAUAACCAAGUCCACUUGCUCGUCAAAUUCAUGAACCCGUGCGAAAUUUUAACACAGGAUCUAUUCCAUAAGGAUUUAAGUGCCUAUGCAACCGAGAAAUGUAACAAAAUAUACGACGAAAUGUUCCUGGAUGAGCUAGAAAAAAUGUGCCCUAAAAGAAAAUUCUCCGAUCAUAUUAAUUCGCGACAUACCAGAGAGAUUGGACGAAGGGUGAAGAGAGUCCUCCCAUUACUUGCAGUUGGAGUAAUAAUUGGUGUGACUGUCCUUGUAGCCGGCUUAUCAGUUGGUGGAGCAAUCAAUUCGUUUGUUCAAACUGGAAGAAUCUCUGCUUUGCAAGGAACAGUAGCGGAACAAAGAGAGAUGCUGGAUGAAUUGGAACGUCGCGUGGAAAUAUCGGAAAGAGAGAUUGAGAAGCUUAAGGUUAGCCUAAAUGCUACACUAGAACAGCUUCAGCUACAUCAGCUUGAUCACGACGAACUCAAGGGAAAAUCCAUUGACACCAAUUUCGCAAUUGCCUACCGUACCAGUCGCCUCAUGAUAGGUAGAGAAAUAAUUAGAGAAGCAACAAGACAGUGGCGGCGAGGAAAAGUUUACGCACCACUAAUGGAUUUCUUUAAUUUCACGUUACCCUGUGGUGAUGCUUGCCCAGUCAGCUUCGCACAAUCUCAAAAGUGCGAAAUAUCAGAUGACAGAACCAAGCUGUAUGUGGACUUCACAGCAACUGAAAUUAACAAAGAUUUGCAACUCAUCGAGGCAGACUCCUUCGAUCUCAAAGUUGAAAGGAAGAAUGAAACCUGCGUUCUAAAGUACAAGGGACCCCAUAAUGCCAUCCUUUCUACGAAAGAUGACUGCGUAUACUCCAUCAAUGUUAAGGAGCCUACAACCCCCGACCUAAUUGUUUCGCCCACUCGAGGAUGCACGCCAACAGCGAAAACAAAGAACUCCAAUCACUUUGACAUAGACCACUGUUAUGACAAGAACCUUGCUGAACCAUGGGAUUUUGUACAAAUCAAACUACACCAUGGACAAUAUCAUAUCUACUGCCCUGGGUCCAAUAUUACCAUUGAGAGGAAGCUGCAACAAUGCCCUGCUAGCGUGUUCAUCCUUCCAAUGAAUGCUAAUUUUAAAAUAAAUGAUAUUGAAUUUUCAGGAACUGAAUCCAGCCUUGUUCACCAAGAAGUAGUCGACCCACUAUUCACGAUGAAAGCCAACUGGCACUUGCAGCCUAGUUUCAACUGGACCAGUCUGAUGAUCAAUGGUUCCACUGACGAAGGAGGGUCAAUCCACUACCACACAAGCAAUGAACCAGCCUGGUCAACAAUGGAAUGGAUCUUAACCCUUUGCAUACUAAUAAUAGUUGCUCAAGCCACUCUUUGUGUUUUCCUUUUUCUGAAAAGCCGGCCAAAUGUAAUUUCGGUUAGGGCAAAUCCAGUGGAAACUGCCGAUAUUGAACUUUAAAAAUUGAGGGAGGAUGUUAAAAUAUGCAUGUUAACAAAGUU